CUGAUAUCAAACCACGUGACUGAACUGGGACAAUCUGAAUUGAAACAUAAAUAUGAAAAACAGAGGAUUGUGAAACGCGGAUUUAUUCAGUGCACAAAUUGAGAGGAGGAUAGGGUAAAGGGAAACGGGCGGGAAAUAUGGGUGUUUUCGACAGUCCCGAGGCACAAAACUGGCUUCGACAGUGGCUGGCCGUGUUCAUCACCAGGGAAGCUAUAUUGCCUGUUGUAAAGUCCGAGGCAUCACAUUUACAUACAGACAUUCUAGGGGCGUUACAAGCGAGCGUUUGUUCACAAGACCACGGAAGAAUAACUGACACUUCGAUACUUUCUUGUCGUUUUCAUGACGAAUUUCGUGAUGAAAUCAAACGACGACAUAAGCAGAGACCGUCUUGGAAGAACGCCACGACUGACACUUGGCACAAUGACGCAUUUUCAAUCGCCAAGUUGUUUAUGCAGCCCUCGGGAUAUGACGACAAAACCAAUUUUGACCAAAUCGACUUUAAUGGAAUUGCAGCAUUCAUGUUUAACUGCAGACGUUUUCCAGCAGCUGUGCAGUCAUCAUCAGAUCAGGCUCGUGCUUCUACCAACAAGAUUCGGCACAUGCCGGAUAAGUGUUCAAGUGCCCUGAAAGACCAGGCCACCACAAAAUUUAUAGAUGACUUGUCUACACUACUGAACGAUCCAACGUUUAACACGGAUAAAGAGGUCCAGGAAGCUCUUAAACAACUCGAUGAGCUAAAGACUAUCCUCCCUGAACUGGUCGGAGAUCAUUGGAAAUCUAUUAUUGAAGGUAUUGCAACUAAAUGUCUUCAAGAUAUCCAUGACUUAAGCAAAGAUGAAAAACACUCAUGGCGUAUAGAGGCAGACAAGAAGAGAGCUGAUUUUCAGUUUCUCGGUGACAGUAUAAUGUCUAAUUUAGCAUCAAGUAGUGAAAACGCCUUGUGUGAUAUUAAGAAAACAUUAGAAGUUUCACUGGAAACAAUAGCUAAUUCAAUUAAAAAUGGGAUAGAUAUAAUCGAAGAAUAUAUUGUGAAAGGUGAACGAAAGAUCGAUGCAAAGACUGAAAAGGGGGAACGAAAUCUAUCGGAAAUGACCGAAACUGGGAAACGAAAUAUUUCUGAGAAGACUAUUAGAGGUGAACGCAAGAUCGAGCAAAAGACUGAAAUAGCAGAACGGGAGAUCGAGGUAAAGACUGAACUAGGAACACGAACGAUCUAUGAAAGAACUAAACUAGUUGAAAGGAGGAUCGAGAAAAAGACUGAAAUAGGAGAACGAAAGAUCGAGGAAAAGACUGAUAUAGGGGAACGAAAGAUCGAGGAAAAGACUAAAAAGGUUGAACAGGAAAUCGAUGCUAAGAUAAGUCUGCUCAAUGAGAAAAGAGGCAAUCUUACCAAAGCAGAUUUGAGAAAGGAGCUUUAUAAACUGUACAAAACAAAUGCAAGCACAUUGCGUAUUCGGCUUGACAUCGAUGAGACAGUUGAAAAAGUAUAUGAAGAGCCUAAAUUUACUGUUAAGGAAAAGAACAAAGAGUAUGAUAUAUCUGAAUUGAAUGACAUUUUUCGAAACCAAGACGGCAUACUGGCUAAAACGAUAUAUGUUGAAGGCGAGCCCGGCUCGGGAAAAUCUUCUUUGUGUAAGAUGAUCGUUCAUGAUUGGUGUGAAACAAAACAUGAUGAAAGGAAUGCAACCGAAGGACACGAACUUUUAAGUCAGUUUGAAUUUGUGUUUUACAUAAUUCUCCGUGAGGCAAAGAAUGAAUGUCACGUAAAGCAAAUGAUAUUCAAAAACAUCAUAGACAGGAUUGGAUUAGACAAACAAAGCACAGACGAACUGCUAGGAGAAGUUUUGAAAUCCAACACUUGUCUGCUACUGCUUGAUGGUCUAGACGAAUGGCAGCACCCUGAAGGAUGCCAUUUAGAUGAAAGAAUUCCCCAUGUCGAAACAAGAUGGAAAAACUGUACCAUACUCAUCACCACAAGGCCAUACAAAAUGGCUGAGCUGAAAAUAAGCCGCUCUCGGAUUGGCAAACACGUGAUGUUGAAAGGAGUGUUGAACCCAGAAAGGCUGGUUGAGAAAGUAGUAUCUAUGUUGAAUGAUUUUUACGACAGAGGACAGUCCCAGGAUCCAAAGGGCUCAAAAGUACCACUGAAUCACACAAUAUGCAUCACUGAAAUACACACAAAAAAAAUGUGGCAUUUCAGUGAAUGUCCAAUCAUGUUAGUUCACAUCGUUUGGCUUUGGUACAAGGGAAAGCUUUCGGUUGAUAUGAAACAGUCUGAACUUUACGGAACCUUGUUGAAUGAACGAUGGAUGGAAUCCUGUGGCAAGAGAGAAUCAGCUAGAUCCAAAUACAUUGAGGUGAUAAACGCCCUGAGCGAAAUAGCCUUUCAAAACUUAUUUUCUGAAGACGAACAAAGUACAAUUGUUUUUGAAAUAGAUGAGGCGAAGAAUCCGAAAUUCGAAAGUCAAAAGUCUGCGUCGCUUGAAUCUGGCAUUAUAUCCUGCUCCAAUGUUCCAGGUGAUUCACCGCAGUACCACUUCUUGCACAAAACUGUUCAAGAAUACCUAGCAGCGAUGUUUUUAUCAAACGACUUUGAAAAGUGUUGUUUGCAUAUAAAACAAACAUACACAAACCACAGAAGAGAAAGUGGAAAUAGCUUGUCUAAUGUUUUACUUUUCCUCUGUGGUUUGAAUACAAAAGCUGCUGAAGAACUUGCAAAAGCAAUUAACGAACUGUUUUCUGACUUUUCCGAUAAAAAUGGUUUUGAUAAACGGGAAUUAAAUAGAAAUCAGGACAUGAUCAUCGAAGGCCAAAUAGAGCUAGACAGGAGUGAUCACUUCGGCAGGAAACUGUGCUUGCAACACAUCUACAUUCGUGAAAGUGUUUUUUUCGUAAAUGAGAAGAAGAUAGACGUCUUAGAACAACUGAUUAAUCCAUCAUCCAUAGUAUCACUGCAUAUAUAUGGGGACGCCCAACAUAUAUCCAAUUUUGCAAAUAGUAUCGACAGUAAUGCCCUUGAUUUAGAGAAUUACACAAGUCUUAAGUACUUACACCUGCAAAAUUUACACUAUAAAGAUGUCACUGGUUUGAACUUGUAUAAUUUAAGAGAAUGCGAUAUAGAAUUCCACAGUUGGCACGGUCCAACAGCACAGCACCUCAUACAUACAUUUUACCACUGUGAUAUUGAUAGUUUGAAAAAUAUAAAAACACUUAAAUUGUCAAAUGUGAAGGGGUUUGCCUUCUUACGUCAAGUUCCAGAACAAAAAGAACACCUUGAUUUACGAGGCCUUGAAAACUUCACCAAUCUUGGAUUAAGCAAUCUGGCUUACUCAGACGUGGUGAAUCUACAAACCUCCAGAUUACACUACUUACGAUUAAAAUUCAAUGAGUUACAGCGAGCACCACAGCUUAUGUCAACGUUAUCAACACAUGGAACAUACCAGAAUGAGCGGGAAGGACUUUUCUCUCAUCUGAAGGACUUAUCUCUGGAAAAUAUUCGCAUGUCAGAGGAACAGUUCAGACGAUUAUCUCAGUCUUUCAUAAAAGCGGGAGGUACGUCAUUGGUGUUGUUGGGGUGUUCUAUAGAACCGGAAGAUGAUGUACCGCAGCCUCAGAAUGAAUGCAAACAGCAGGUAGUAUCAUCUGAGUGUACAACACUCAUUUGUAUUGGGUAUGUUACCAUCACAGUAGAGGUGUUUAUUGGUCUUAUUGAUUACGUGACCAGAUGCAGUCAAUCCGUGAGAUGUACCUUGAACUUCUUCACCCUGCAAUCAAACUCUGCUGUUGAACAACCAUCCUUACCGAUGUUGGGUCCACAGCCUAUCUCAGCUGAUUAUACCACGGAGUUGAGACUAUCUUUGAUUGAGAUGUCAACAGAACAAAUUUGUCAAAUCAUCGGUAGGAUUAAUCAACUCGACCAUUCAGUAACAUUAACAUUGAAGUGGUGUACCGUAAAAUCAGACGAGUACAAUCCGCUGAGGAAUCAGAUGGUGCCUCCUCCAAACACGUCACUAAACUAUACCAAACAUAUUACGAUCAAACGCAUGAACAUAUCGGAAACAUUGUGUUUGUAUGUUGCUUCCAGUGCAAUUUAUUAUGGAUACACGUGUAAGAUAUCAUAUUGUGAUAUACUGCCCAGUGAAGUGCCGCAUGCAGACAAUCUUCACUUUCCCCAGAUGGCUGCCAUCCACUCACCUGCUCAAACAGCAAAACUCAGAUUUAAUAUCGUAUCAAUACCACAUGACGUAGUUAAGCGUCUCGCCUGUCAAGCGGCAGUAUCUGGACAUUUGGUUGAGUGUGUGUUAGACAAGUGUUAUGUAGGGCUUCCUCCGGAAGUCUGGUCAUUGAAGGAAGAGAUGGAGGGAGACCCUGCCAUUCAGCUCGAGAAAUUCAAGUUUGAACCAAACAACGACGAGUUUCAAUCUUGGCGACUAAAACGUUAUAUGCCUGGCCAAAUAUGGAACAUUCGUUUUAAAACAACCGCAAAGAAGUCUGCACUCGCAGAGUCCACUGCAGAGAAGCCCGAAGUUACGGAAAGUACACGCAUGUAGGACGUCGGAAUGUUUGACAACGUGAGAUCACCACGGAGAGUUCAUUCAUGCUAAGUGUUAUUAGAACGUUUUACACAAUUUGUGCCUGCAUGGCGGCUUAGAGUUCAAUAAGGCAAAGUGUAACGAGCACAAUUGCCAUUUCGGAGAUUUAGAAUUUAAUAUGGCAAAGUGUAACAAAUGAAUCAGCACAAUUGGUGCCUGCAAUGGGGAUACUAGAGUACACUCAUGCAAAGUGUAAGAAAAACAAUGUACACAAUUUGUGAAACUGAACGUAUUUGAAAUUUCUUUUGUAGAUGCUUUAAUUGCAUAUUCAUUUUAGCAUACAUUUCUGUAAAUACUCUCGUCAUUUGAUAGUGUUUUUUCACAAGGUAUAGAAAUGUCCAUUUUCUUGAAUCAUAUGUAACGUUUUUUAAAAGAACGUUUGAAAGAUACUUGCUUAGUUUCUUGUUGAUAGAAUGAUGCAAACAUGUGUUAUAAAUUAUAACAACACAGGCACAUACGAUGAAAACAACCAUAGACUUCGCCCUCCUCGGAUAAGUAUAUCCAAUAAUUCAACCAUGCUAGAAAUUCUUAUCUUGCCCACGGGCGAGGAAAACAUGCCGGUAUGGAACUCCUUUUUAACGGUCACCACCUUGUAAUUACCUCCCUUGUUGAAGACAGUCGUCUGUUACAUCAUUGAAACCUUGUCUUGUAGCAAUAUUUAGAAUGCUAAUUAACUAUUUCUCGCUUCAAAUGUCACCACAAAAAGGUUUUCACGCAUAUUUUAAGAAAUAAUGCUCCACUCUCCUCCGAACUAUUGGACUUGUAACAUGUAAUCUGAAUCACUGCGAGCAUAUCCAUGACAACCAAGUUUUGUUUAACUGGGGUGGGAGAAAAAGCAUCUACCAUAGCCGCUCGUGUAAGAUAGGUUCAUCCCGACCCUCGCACAGGGUGUGUUUUAAACAUCGUUUCCGAAAAACACCCUACGCUCGGAUUGAAGAUAUUUAUAAUAUUUCCCAUUUGGCCCCCUCUAUUAGGAGUCACCUUCUGCCCCCUUUAUCAAGAGUUAUAUGGUGUAUUUUGUUCCCCUUGAUCAACAGUUAUCCUUUCCAAUUAAUCCCUUUAAUCAACUGUUAUCUUUUCCCUUUGGUCCCCUUUAUUAACUGUUAUAUUUUACCUUUUGGCCACUUUAUUAACUGUUAUCAUUACCAUUUGGCCCCUAAUCAAAAGCUGUCUUUUAUAUAUGCCCCCACCCUUUAUCAAGAGUAAUCUUUUUAAUUUGGCCCCCUUUUUCAAGAGAUAUCUUUUAUAUUCGACCGCUUUUAUCAAGAAUUAUCUUUUCAUCAAUUUUUAUUUAUCAGAAAUGAUCUUGUCCAUUUGGCCCCCUUUUUCAAGACUUACCUUUUCCA